GUUAUGUGUGGAAUUGUAUGUAAUAAUUUCAAUGGAUAUUAGACGGUGGUAAUGUUACGUGUAAUAAGCCAGCUGUUGUAAUAACUUUCCAUUUAAUUGUGCUACUAAGUUUUUGACGACCUUUUUAACAUAUUAAAUUAUUUAGUUUGCGUAUUAACAUUGCGCGAGUUCGACGUCCAACCGCUCUUUUAAGUGAUAACUUCGUGUAAUUUCUAGAUUUAAUUACUCUUUUUACAACUAAUAAACUAAUCAUGAAAAAUCUCAUUCUACCUGCAGUUAUUGUGGCUUUAGUUAUUUCAAAUAAUGUUAACUUUGGUGUUAAUGGAAUUGAAGGAGAUACAGAUCUUAAUGAUUUAAAAGACACUGUUAAAAAGAAGAUAGAAUCUUUGCCUAUUGAUGAUAUACCUAAUAUAGACCAAUUAAAUUCUUCAAUUCCUUCCCUUGAAGAAGGUAUGGAAUUGAUGAAGGAAAAAUGUUUGAAAAACAGUGCGAACAACAACUCAUUUGAACUAGUCAAGGUAAGCAUUUCAAUUUUUGACUAUAUUUCAUUGUUAUUUUAGUUAAAAUAACAAUUU